GGCCAAACAGCAACCCCGUUAUACCCAGCACGGCCCAAUUGAGUCGAUUCAGCAUCGCGUUUUGUUCGAGCUAUCCGUGGAACUUCAAUCUCUAGUCCUGGGCGUCGGUUCAUCGAUUUUCCGCUUGUUAAUUCUACACGAGGACCACGAUGUCGACGGUGUCAACGUUCAUCAAGAAGGUCAGGGCAUGCAAAACUGCCGCAGAUGAGCGUGCACUUUUGCAGAAGGAGUCUGCUGCUAUCAGAACAUCUUUCCGUGAGGAGCCGACCAACUACGAUGUCCGACGGAACAACAUCGCCAAGCUACUAUACUUGUUCACCAUGGGAGAGCGGACUCAUUUCGGGCAGAUCGAAUGUUUGAAGCUUCUGGCAAGUCCAAAGUUUGCGGACAAGAGAUUAGGCUACCUGGGAACUAUGUUGUUGUUGGACGAAAGCCAGGAGGUGCUGACUUUGCUCACCAAUUCUCUUCAAAAUGAUCUCAAGCAUACCAAUCAAUAUAUCGUCGGCUUGGCCCUUGCGACUUUCGGUAAUAUUUCGUCGCCAGAGAUGUCUCGUGAUUUGUGCCAGGAUCUCGAGAAGUGUCUGUCUUCUUCCAACGCAUACAUCCGAAAGAAGGCCGCUCUCUGUGCUAUGCGUGUUAUCCGAAAGGUCCCGGAACUUCAGGACAACUUCGUCGACCGUGCAAAGACACUACUGAGCGACAGAAAUCACGGGGUGUUGCUGUGUGGUGUGACUUUCGCGACUGAUCUGUGCGAGAAUGACCCAGAUCUGGUUGACCAAUUCAAGUCCUUUACUCCAAUUCUUCUACGACAGCUGAAGGCGCUGUUGGGUGCCGGGUACUCUCCUGAACAUGAUGUUACCGGCAUCACCGAUCCUUUCUUGCAGGUCAAGAUUUUGCAGUUCCUGGGAGUCUUGGGACGGGGAGAUACGGAAGUGAGUGAGCAAAUGAACGAUAUCCUGGCUCAGGUAGCAACGAAUACCGAAGCUUCAAAGAACGUCGGAAACGCUAUUCUCUACCAGUCUGUCCUCACCAUCUUGGAGAUUGAGGCUGACAGUGCACUGAGAGUGCUUGGUAUCAACAACCUCGGUAAAUUCCUGACUAACAAAGACAACAAUAUUCGCUAUGUGGCUCUCAACACCCUGAGUAAGGUGGUUGCCAUCGAGCCCAAUGCUGUUCAGCGCCACAGGAACACCAUUCUUGACUGUCUUCGUGAUCCCGACGUGUCUAUCAGACGGCGUGCCUUGGAUCUGUCGUUCGCACUUAUUAACGAGAGUAACAUCCGUGUGUUGGUGCGUGAGCUCUUGGCUUUUUUGGAGGUGGCAAACAACGAGUUCAAGGCAAACAUGACCUCGCAGAUCUGUCUUGCUGCAGACCGGUAUGCGCCUAACAAAAGAUGGCACAUCGACACCGUUCUGCGUGUGCUCAAGCUUGCUGGAAACUACGUGAAGGAGCAGAUUCUGUCCAGCUUUAUCAGAUUGGUCGGCACUACACCAGAAUUGCAGCAGUAUGCGGCACAGAAGCUUUACGCGUCUUUGCAGGCCGAUAUUUCACAGGAAGGGUUGAUUCUUGCUGGCGCGUGGAUUAUCGGUGAAUUCGGUGAUGCGCUUUUGAAGGGUGGGAACUUUGAGGAAGAGGAGCUGGUCCGCGAAGUGAAGGAGUCCAACGUCAUCGACCUUUUCGAGACUAUCUUGAACAGUACCUUCGCCAAUCAGUUAGUGACUGAAUAUGUCUUGACCGCCGCCAUGAAGCUUACCACCCGUAUCACCGACCCUACUCAGAUCUCAAGAAUCAGAGCAAUGUUGGCGAAGCACAGUGGCAGUUUGGACGUUGAGAUUCAGCAGAGAGCGGUGGAGUAUAACAACCUCUUCCAAUACGAUAGCAUCCGACAAGGUGUGUUGGAGAGGAUGCCUCCACCAGCAGUUCGCGAGGACCCUAUGCGCCUUGGUGCACCAAAGGUUGACGACGCCAAGUCCAAGAGAAAGCCGAAGAAGGAGUCUGCUUUGCUUGAUCUCAUGGGCGGCGACGAUCUUGAGGUUGCACCUGCAAACGGAGCUCCUGCAGCCCAGACGAACAAUGCGGAUCUGCUGUCGGAUAUCUUUGGAAGCACGGGAGGAGAGACUGCUGCACCAUCACAGCCUGCACAGUCUAGCGUUAACGAUAUCAUGAGUUUGUUCGGGUCAAACGGUGGAGCACCGGCGGCAGCAUCGAGUGCCAUGGAUCUUCUGGGUAUGGGAGGCGCACCGGCACCAGCGGCUCCUAUUGCAGUCCCUGCGGCGGGUCCUGCGGCAUCAACGUUCGAACCCAUCACAGCAUAUUCCAACCACGACUUGCUCGUGACAUUACAAGCUCACCGCGACGCUUCGUUCCCUCCAGGUGUCGUUAAUGUUAUGGCGCGCUUCCAUAACCAGAGUUUCACUACUCGCGUCGACCACCUGAACUUUCAGGCCGCCGUGCCAAAAUCCCAGAAGCUGCAGAUGCAGCCCUUGAGCGCACCAGGUGUCGCUCCCGGCGCUCAGGAGACGCAGGCAAUGCGCGUAACGAGUACUCAGGGUGCGCAGAUCAGGUUGAGAUUGAAGGUUACGUUCACGAGAGAAGGAGAGGCGGAGGUGUCUGAUCAAGUAGACUUUAAGUUCCCGGCGGAUAUUUUGGCGUAGUUCCUCAGUAAACCCAAAAGAGCAUCUGGAGCAAGGAUAAUUAUGAACCUUAAAUACCAUUAUCUACCUAAUCCCGUG